AUGGCGUUGAAGUUUUUGAACAAGAAAGGAUGGCACACGGGAAGUCUCAGGAACAUCGAAAACGUUUGGAAAGCGGAGCAGAAGCAUAACGCUGAGGAGAAAAAGCUCGAUGAACUUCGUAAACAGAUUCAAGAGGAACGUGAACGUAGCGAGUUUCGUCAGCUUCAGGAAAAAGCUGGUCUCGUCCCUCAUCAGGAGAGAUUGGAGUUUUUGUAUGAUUCGGGGUUGUCUGUUGGUAAGACUUCUGAAGGGUUCAAGGCGCUUGAAACUGUACCGAAAUCCGACGCAACAGAUGCACCUUCCUCUUCUGCUUCUAAGCAGGAUGCAGGUGUUCCUGGAGCUUUAUUUGAGGACAAGCCUCAGUCGGCUAAUGAUGCUUGGAGAAAGCUCCAUUCUGAUCCCUUGUUGAUGAUUCGCCAGCGUGAACAGGAAGCACUUGCGAAGAUUAAAAAUAAUCCUGUCAAGAUGGCCAUGAUUAAAAAAUCAGUUGAAGGAAAGGAACACAAGAAGAAAGACCACAGUAAGAAAGAAAAAAAGAAGCAUCGGUCCAAAUCAAAGCAUAAAACACAGUCUGAUUCAGAAGAUGACAUUGCUGAAAGGAGAAAAAGAAGGGCCAGUGAUGAAGACUUUGACAAGAAACAUCACAAGGCUCAAUCAGAUUCAGAGAAUGAAUCAAGUGAUGGAGAAAGGAGGAGAAGGAGGAAUCACUAUGAAGACAGAAAAUACAGAGAAAGAUCACCCAGUCACCACCAGAGUCAAAGCAAAGUCAAUGACUAUAAAGAAGAAGCUGAUGACAGAAGGAAGAAUCACUAUGAAGACAGAAAAUACAGAGAAAGAUCACCCAGUCACCCCCAGAGUCAAAGCAAAGUCAAUGACUAUAAAGAAGAUGCUGAUGACAGAAGGAAGAAUCACUAUGAAGACAGAAAAUACAGAGAAAGAUCACCCAGUCACCCUCAGAGUCAAAGCAAAGUCAAUGAAUUUAAAGAAGAUGCUGAUGACAGAAGGAAGAAUCACUAUGAAGACAGAAAAUACAGAGAAAGAUCACCCAGUCACCCCCAGAGUCAAAGCAAAGUCAAUGACUAUAAAGAAGAUGCUGAUGAUAGAAGGAAGAAUCUCUAUGAAGACAGAAAAUACAGAGAAAGAUCACCCAGUCACCACCAGGGUCAAAGCAAAGUCAAUGACUAUAAAGAAGAUGCUGAUGACAGAAACGAUAACAAGUCAAAGUCAGGAAGAUAUGCUCCAGAAGAUCAGUCCAAUUUUGAUGUUUCUAAAAGGGGGAAUGGGAGCUUUCGAGAACCAAGCUCUACUAGAUCUUCUGCUACUUCGCUUGAGCGACAGUCGCGCUAUAAGCGGAGAAAUGUGGCUCCUAAGCUUUCAGAAGAAGAGAGGGCUGCUAAACUUAGACAGAUGGAACUUGCUGCUGAGUUGCAUGAAGGGGAGAGAUGGAAACGUAUAAAGAAGGCUGAGGAGAGUGAUGCAAAGGAAGCAAUCCAGAACACUAGUUCAGUUGGCAAGAACUUCUUGGAUAAUGCUCAAAAAAGUAUUUAUGGUGCUGCAGAAGGGGGGAGCUCAUCAAUAGCCGAGAGUGUUCGACGGCGGACACAUUAUUCCCAAGGCAAAUCUGGAGGUGAAGGCAAUGCAUUUAGGCGGUAA